GUUGGUCCUCUAGCGACCUGGCCAUCACGUGAUCUAUAUGACCCCUCUCAAAUUUUCGCCUCCUGCACAUCCGCUGUCAACUAUUUCCAAGCAUAACACACCCGACGGUUGUUGGAGUUAGGAAGAUUUGUCACAUUGCACUUGUGGUACCCCAACGGAAUUUUUCAACAUCCUCUCGUACAAGGUUCCAAUCUAUACCCCCCCUUCAUAAAUGAACGAAGACCGUGAUAAUGGGAUUGCCUCACCGCAGGCGACCUACUCGCACCAGUCCACUAUGAACAACUAUUUCCAGAACAUCCCCAACAUCGAUGUCCAGAACGUUGUGAACGCGGUCAACUCUGCCUUGGCGGUCGAUCUCGACUCACUCAACAACCACCACGAUGAAUACCACGUGGCAAUCGACCCCACUAUUGGCGAAACCUCUGGGAACUACGGCUACACCGAGCUUCACAGCUUACCGAAAAUCGCCAAAAUCGCUCCAUCGGAAAAUGCCGAACCACACCUCAAGGGUGAGACCGUGAUGGGUCUCACACGAGACCUCCCACCGGGGGUGGACCCAAAAAAGAUGUGUCCGUUCUGCGGCCGAACGUUCUCCCAUCCCGGCUCCCUCGGACGCCAUAUGGACCUCAAGAAAGGAACCAGAUUACACCCCGCGGACGAGAUUGAGCGGUUGCGCGGAAACGUAAAACGUAGGGGCGACAAGGUGGAGAUCCAGAACAGACGGCGACUCCGUACAAAGGAGUACAAUUCGCGGCAGGAUGUGCGUGAGCGGAACCGGGUUCGAAGACGGCUAAAGGACCGGUCGAACCGGGCGCGGAACAUUUCGCAGAAAAUCUUUUUGAACAGGUUGGGAAACCCCACGUUUAGCAUAAACCCCACUUUUGCGCGCUUUGUCGUGUACUUUCUCCCGCCGUCCCAGUGGCCGCCGGAAUUGCCAAACCUGGACACAUUCAAGCACUUGACCAACUUGCUCUCGCCUACGGGCCACGGCUCAGCCGCGACUGCGAAAACCGCCACUGGCAGCAACAACAACGAUUUGCUCACCGAAUACUUCCACAAGCUUAACUAUGCAUAUGAGUCGUGGUCCGCAUUGGCGCACGCCGAGCAGCAAACCACGUGGACUAAAGAGAUCCGCGCCAGUAUGGAGGACACGUUGGGUGGCUUAUCGUUGUUUGACUUGGCGUCGCGCGAUAUCUGGAUUGAGGAGGAAUCGAAGCGGCAAGAGACGUUGUUGUAUGCGAAUGACAACUCUGAGGAUCGGAAUGAUACGGAUCCAGAGUUUGAGCGCGAGUCACAGUUGCAGCUGAAAGGCUUGUCCGACGACGAAUACUAUCCGAGUACGAGUGCACACGACGAGGCAUCCGCAGUCGCUUUGGCUGCCGCGGUAGCGGCUGCGGUUGCGAGUGAGGAGAACCAAACGAUCGCCAUGCAGGGUCUGGCAUACUUGGGCGAGAAGAGUAUGGACGAUAUAAUUAACGUGAAUGGAGAGUAGUGGGUGGUUAUGGUAUAUUACAAGAGGAUAUAACAUUUUCUUAUACACAUUGACUAAUAUCAAAUUCUGUUAGCUGACAAGAAACCCCAAACGUGGUUGUAGUUGAGGGGGUAAGUCGGUUUCUGAAAUGCUUUUUAC